AUGCCUCGUGCCCGGCCUGCCGCACCCGCCGUUCCUGCUCCUCUUUCCGCCGUCGAUGAGACGCUGGCGGCUUUCAGGAAGGUAUUCCUGUCAAAGCCACCCUACGUGAGCGGUGUCUACUCGAUAGACAAGACAGGCUAUCUGCUCUACUAUGGCGGCACAGGUAAUCCUCGGUGCAUCGACCUCGCCAACGCAUCCGAAAGCGAUCUCCAAGCCCUUUCAGACGCCUGUCAGCCUGCCACCUUUGGCAGGAACGACGUCGACGUCUACGACGAGAGCUACCGCAAGGCGGGGAAGAUGGACGCUGGCGACUUUGCCACCAAGUUUGACCCGGAAGGCUCGGGUCUGCUCGAUCUCAUUUGGCCUGACUUCUUGUCCGAUGGUGGCGACACGAAGCAGCGGGUUGUUUGUGAGCUGUACAAGCUGAACGUUUAUGGUCAAGACUCUUUCUUCAAGGCGCACAAGGACACGCCGCGAAGCGACACCAUGUUUGGUUCGCUCGUCAUCGUUUUCCCCACCCCCCACUCGGGCGGCGCGCUCAUCCUGCGCGAGAACGACAAGGAGUGGACGUUCGACUCCGCCGCCGAGGUCCUCGCCGGCGACGCACCCAAGAUCGGCUACGUCGUCUUUUUCUCCGACGUCGAGCACGAGGUCGCGCAGGUGACAUCGGGCUUCCGCGUCACCCUCACCUACAACCUCUACUUCGACGCCAAGUCCACCACGCCCGCGAACGCGCUUUUGCGCCAGCCCGACCUGCCCUCGCGUGUCUCGCAAGUCGGCCAGGAGCUGAGAACGACGCUCUCCUCCCUCCUCGCGCGCGAGGACUUUCUGCCCUCGGGCGGCUACCUCGGCUUCGGCCUCCGCUUCAUGUACCCGCUCGACAUGAAGAAGCCCGUCGCGGUCAUCGGCGACAGCCUCAAGGGCUGCGACGCAAUGAUCAAGAUCGUCUGCGACGAGCUCGGCCUGCCCAAUAGCCUGAAGGCCAUGUACAGGAGCACGUCCGACGUCUAUGACGGCGUGCGCGUGUUCGUCGCGCGCGACACGUUCUGGAAGGGUACAGGGCCUCACCAGCAGAUCGACACGGAGGUCGGAUGUCCGUACGAGACGUACACGAACAAGACGAGUAUCGUGCUGCGCCUGGCGGGCGCGCCGCCGCUCACGGACUACAAGCGUAGAGUGAAGCCGACGGAGGAAGUGAAGUGGAUCACGGAGGUCCCGAAGGAUUACAACGUCGUGAAGUCGACGUAUAUGGCGUACGGCAACGAAGCUCAGAUCGAGUAUGCCUACGGCAGGCCGAUCAUCAUCGCGCGCGUUGGUUCUUUCGCAGAGCGCAAUGGACUUGCUAAGGCAUCGACGGCCAGUCUCACCAAAGAAAAGGAUGCGCAGGAGGGAUCCGGUGAUGCGCGCGCGGGGGCUGACCAAGUCGAGAAACCUGAGACGUGA